AUGUGUAUGUUGCUCCAGAAAUGAAUCGUGCUAUGAAAUACUGAUCAAGGUGUCUCGACAGCAGCACAACCAGCCCCAGCUCCAGUAUUAUGGUACUCACUCUUUUGGGGAAUUCUGGCUAUUGCUGUCAAUUCCAUGUCGCAACCAUCCGGGAGGGUCUGCGAAAGCCCAGCUGUAGUGGGAUUCAUGUUGGGCAGCUCACCUAUAAUAUGCACGCUCGAUGUCCUCAUACUAGUGGUACGAAUGGCAUAUUACAGCAUCUCACUCAAAUCAGCCCGCAAAGCAAUUCAGGUGGUAGUAAUACAACGCUUCGCUCUUGACGAUGAAAAUUCGGGAACAUUUUCGGACUUUCGGAAGAAUGCCAUUUUCAGAUGGUUCUUUUUUGUAUUAACGGUAGCUCAGGCUAUCAAAAUAUUCGCCUUUGAAGGGAUCAUAUGGACCAAGGUCUGGGCUUCAAUGUACAUUGGAUCCUUUCUGAUCAUAGAGAUGCUUGUUGUCAUUCCAAGCCAAUGGAUCGACAUCCCCAAGAAGGGAUCGGAAUCUCAGCUCCACAGAGUAAAGGGAUCUGGAGUGUGGAGCAUGCCCUACAUCUCGGUAGUAAUGGGCACGGUAUUCCUCCUAUGGUUUACCAUCCAAGCGUCGACCUCUAUUUCCAACGCUCAUGGCCUGCGUAUGGGCGCUCUUCAGUGGACUGGGCUGAUCAUCCUUUUAUUUGGCUCCUUACCAUUUGCUCUGACAUCGUUCUACGUGUUCAAUAUCACGAAUAAGACAGAGGUGCAUCGGUCUUACUAUUGGUGGCUCUUGAGCAUCGUCGUCAUCCCAGCCUCCUAUCUCUUGUCCAUGCUCUUCGGCGAAUUGACCAAUCUGAAGGAUAUAUAUUUGACCGUGUUCACAUCUCUUAUGACUGGAGCAUGGGCUUUGUGUGGUCUCCGUUGGGCAUCCACUACCUUCGAUUAUAUAGAAAGUGGUGAGCCCCAGCGCAUGUUCUUGAGGCGUAUCGAGGUGGCACUUUCUUCGUAUUUUCUCUUCUUGCACCUGGCUUCUGCGAUACUUUACUACAUAUACACAUAUGACCCACAGGAGACAAUCAAGCCAGGAUGGACGGAGCAAUUGGGAUGA